AUGGACCUUAUUACCGAUGUCUCAAAGAUCCAGGCGUGCCACUUGCACAUGGAACCACUUGCGAGCGAACUUGCCUUGGACAAUCUGACCUCACCCAUCACUGAGCUUCGAGUAGCCUACUUCCCCACUACCAUCACGGACACAGAGCAGGCCAUAUUUGAGGACAGUAUUGCAAAAUUCUUCUCACGCAUUCAACUGCAUGCUAUGGAAAUGGUAGGAUAUUCUGUCGGGUGGCCUCUGGAGCCAUUAUCAGUUGAUGGCAGCCCUCAGGAAGGAAAAGCCCAUGUUACAUGCGUUGGGUGGCAAUCAAUCGAAGCUCAUGAGGCGAUCUUGAAGUCACAAGUUUUCAAAGAUAAUGAACACCUGAUUAUUAACCCCACCGGGGCUAUUCAUACCGAGAUCGUGCACUUUACGGGUGUUAGGUUCAAGUGA